AAUUUUCUAGCUGCGAUGAGUAUUGGAGUUUUGGCAUCUCAGAUGCGUCUCCACAAGAGGCAUAUCUAUUGUAUUUCACCCUCAACAAUCAACACCUGUGGAGCAAUUAAUGCGGUAUGCUGUCCACACUUGAUUGUAUGCUUCGAUAAAACGGGCACGUUGACGGAAGAUGGCUUGGAUUUUCAUUCGUUGCGUCCCAUCUCGUCCGAUGAUAAAAAGUCAACGUUUGUCCGUGAUUACACAUCGUUGAAUACACCAGAAGUGUGGGAUUACCGCAAGCUCAUUGAAGCAAUAUCUACGUGUCACAGCUUGACACGGUCCACUGCUUGCAGUAUUGAUGGACUUCUCUGUGGCGACCCUCUCGACUUGAUUCUUUUCAAAAGUACCGGAUGGACGCUGGAUGAAACGAUGAAUUCGAGAAUCAAGGAAACUGCACGUUUCGAUGUGCUGCAGCCUCCAGUUGUGCGUAGCAUACCGGGCACGUUUGGCUGUGAUCGGCAAAUCGAACUUGCUAUUCUAAGGCAGUUCACAUUCAGUUCAUCGCUUCAGCGGAUGUCUGUCAUUGUGCAUGAUCCAGAGGAUGAGUCACACGAUAUGAGCGUUUAUUGUAAGGGAGCACCGGAGAAGAUUGCUUCUUUAUGUCACGCAUCCAGCAUCCCAGUUAACUACAGUGUUCGUGGUUUUGGUUUUUGUUUCGGUUAUGUGAAACCGGCAAUUAGUGUUGUGCUUGUAAGCUGGAACGUUUGA